AUGCUGAUAUUGAAGUCCCACUGGAAGCACGGUGGAUCAGAGGCUGCAACCACUGAAGAGGAGAAAGCGGAAUUGUACACCUGUGUGCUUUCAGGAAGCGGGCUGCCCUCUGUGAUGCUGAACCUGUCAGAACCAGAUGGGGCCAGAGGAAAGGCAGCUAGCAGUGUAAACCUCCUUCUGAGCAGUGCUAAGCAGCAGCAUAAAGGGAAGUGUUCUCCACACCCAGCCAGCCGUGCACACGAUGUGUUCUUCUUGGACACUGACGUUCUGAACACUGCCAUACUCACAGGAAAGACAGUUGCCAUGCCUAUCAAGGUGGUCUCUGUGGAGGAGAACAGUGCCGUGAUGGACAUCUCAGAGUCGGUGGAAUGCAAGUCCGCAGACGAGGAUGUUAUCAAAGUGUCUGACCGCUGCGACUACAUCUUUGUCAAUGGCAAAGAGAUCAAAGGAAAGAUGGAUGCAGUGGUGAACUUCACAUACCAGUACCUGAGCGCCCCCCUGCAUGUCACCGUGUGGGUGCCCCGGCUGCCCCUGCAGAUCGAGGUCUCUGACACGGAGCUCAGCCAGAUAAAGGGCUGGAGGGUCCCCAUUGUGACCAGUAAGAGGCCCACUCGUGAGAGCGAGGAUGAGGACGAGGAGGAGCGGCGGGGCCGGGGCUGCGCGCUGCAGUACCAGCACGCCACCGUGCGGGUCCUCACCCAGUUUGUGUCCGAGGGCGCCGGCCCAUGGGGCCAGCCGAGCUACCUGCUUAGUCCCGACUGGCAGUUCGACAUCACUCACCUGGUGGCAGACUUCAUGAAGCUGGAGGAACCUCACGUGGCCACCCUCCAGGACAGCCGGGUCCUAGUCGGGCGAGAGGUUGGGAUGACGACCAUCCAGGUGUUGUCUCCACUGUCUGACUCCAUCCUGGCAGAGAAGACAAUAACCGUGCUAGAUGACAAAGUGUCGGUGACAGACUUGGCCAUCCAGCUCGUGGCUGGGCUGUCUGUCACCCUUUACCCAACGCAGAAAACAGCAAGGCCAUAA